AUGAAACACGGCAUACCGACGGAAAGUCUUGAAAAAAGCCAUAAAUAUCGGGGGAUAGCUGGUCCUAUGAGGAUUUAUGUCGGAUUGCCUUGGUUUCUUACGUCUGGCUUGCAAACCCGACAUUAAUGUGGCAAGGAUAAACUUGCAGAAGAGACAAAGUGUGACGCAAAUGGAGAAAAGAAGGUCAAUUGGACCUUCUAUCGGGCAAUCGGCGGAAAAUGCAAGACCUUCCAAAGAUCGGUCAGUCUAAAGUGCAAGUGUGCAAAGCCGAAAAAGGCAAUCACUUGCGAGAACCGGAAACAGGUGACUUUACUUCAGACGGAGAAGUUGACGCCAUCAGGAACGUGUGAAUUUCAGGUCUGGGCGACAGAAAAGGGAAUUAGUUUUGUAGGUCUCCCUGGUGGAUCAAAUUGA